UGUUACCAUGCGUCACAUGUACCUUGGUCGUUGUUAUCAGCGGUCUCAGCGGUGAUAGAUUUUCAAGUUUUCUUUCAGAACACAAAUAUUAAACUAAAUGCAUUAAAUGUGUUUCAAGUGAAUAAUAAACUAAGUCUUUAGUGGAGUCAGCAAGAGUCGCAAUUGUUUUAUUUGAACUAGUUAUUAAAAGUGAAUUUUCAUCAAAUAUUAAAAUUUUCCUUUGUCUCGUGAAUUUUAAUUUUGCGUUUGUGUUAUUGAUGUGAUUUUUUUAAAUGACACUGUUUGUCACUUAGGAAAAGUCUUUCAUAAGAUCUGGAGAAAUUUCGGUUAUUUUUUAUCUAGAAUAAAUAUAUUAAUAUUUAUUUCCACACAUUUCAUUGAAGCUUGAAAAGAAUGUGCUAAUAUUUCAUAAUGGAUACUACAUUUGAAGUUGUUAACGAAAAUGAGGAAAAUAAUGAGAAUAAUUACGACACUAAUGAAGAAUCUGCUGAAAAUGGCAAACGAAAAACGAUUAAUGAAGAAACUCAAUCUUUAAAGAAAGCAAAAAUUUCAUCAGAAAACGAAUUGUCCGAUAAUGAUGAUAAAGAAAAUGGUCUAAAAACUGAAUCUAUUAAAGCACCCGAGGAAAUUAAUGAAGAAAGUGACGUCGAAAUGGAACUUCAAGUUGGCGACGAUACUGAAGAGGAACUUGAAUUGAGAGAUAGACAAUCACCUUCAAAAAAUGUGGAAACAACUGAUGAGAAAGAGAUAAAAGUCGAAGAGAAUAAAAAAGAAGAGAACAAUGAUAAUGAUGAUUUGUUAAAAAUUAAAGAAAAAUCUUCAAGCGACUCGGAAGAUAGUGAUAAGAAUAUAAAAAGUACGCGACGAAAACAGAAUGAGAAAAAAAAUAAAGUAAAUUCCAGUGAUUCGGAAAAUAGCGAUGCGAUUGAGAAAAAAGCUAAAGAUUCCACGAAGGAAAUAAAGAAAAAAGAAGAAACUUCAGAUAGUGAAAGCGAAGUGGAAAAAAAUGCAAGGAAAAAAAUUAAAAAGCCUCCAGCAAAAAAACAAACGAAAAAUACAAAAAGAAUUAAAUCGAAUAAUUCUGAAGACGAUGAUAGUGAAAGUGAAGAGGAAAUAUUUAGGAAAAAAGAAAAAACCCCUCCGAAGAGGAAAACUAAACGAAAGGUGGUAGAGAGAAAAAAAUUAGAAUCUUCCGAAGACGAGAGUAAUGAAAGCGAUGAUGAAACGGAAAUAAAGAAAUCGAAAAAUUCUAAAAAGAAUCAAAAUAAAUCUGAAGAUAGCGAUGUUGCAAAGAAGCAGAAAAAGAAAGUUGUCCCGAAGAGACAAAUUAAAAGAGUCGUAAAAAAGAAAAAGGCUUCAGAAGACGAGAUGAGCGAGGAUGAAAAAAAGAAGGAAAAAAACGAAGAGAAGAAAGAUUCUUCCGAAGAAGAGGAUAAAGGAAAGAAAAGCGAGAGCGAGUCUGAAGAUAGUGAUGCAAAGAAGAAAAAAAAGAAAGUUCCACCAAAGAGACAAAAUAAAAGAGUCGUAAAAAAGAAAAAGUCUUCGGAAGACGAGAUGAGCGAGGAUGAAAAAGAGAAAGAAAAGAACGGAAAGGUUGAAGAGAAAAAAGAUUCUUCUGACGAAGAGGAUAAAGAAAAGAAAAGCGAAAGCGAGUCCGAAGAUAGCGAUGCAAAGAAUAAGAAAAAGAAAGUUCCACCAAAGAGACAAACUAAAAAAAUAGUAAAAAAGAAAAAGUCUCCAAAAGACGAGAUGAGCGAUAGUGAACAAGAAAAUGAAGAGAACGAAAAAAUCAAAAAGAAAAAAGAAUCUGAAGAUGAAGAUAAGGAAGCAGAGAAAAAGAGUGAGAGCGAAUCUGAAAUUAAAGAAAAAAAGAAAGUUACCCCAAAAAAACCAAUUAAAAGAACUUUAAAAAGAAAAAAGACUUCAGAAGAUAUGAGCGAAAGUGAAGAACAGAAAGAAAAGAACAAGAAGCUCAAAGAGAAAAAAGAUUCCUCCGAAGAUGAAGAGAAAGAAGCGGAGAAAAAGAGUGAGAGCGAAUCUGAAAGUAAAGAAAAGAAGAGAAAAAUUCCAGCGAAAAAACAAGCAAAGAAAAAGGAAACAAAAGAAGUUGCAGACGUCAAGGAAAGCGAAAGUGAAGGAGAAAAGGAAAAUGAAAAGAGUAAGAAGGAAAGAAAAUUACUUUCAGACGAAGACGAAAAAAGUGGAAAUGAAUCAGACGCCGAUGUAAAAGUGAAUAAGAAGAAAGUUCCACAAAAGAAGCCCACGAAGAAGAAAAAUGAAAAAACUGAUACAAAAAGUGAGGAGGAAGUCGAUAAGGAGAAUAAGAAAACUGUUAAGAAAGUCAAACAGUCUAAUAAAAAUAAAAAGGGCAAAGCAACAACAAAGAAUGAUGAAAAAUUAUCUUCCAAUGAAGAAAGUGAAGGCGAAGAAAAAAAUGAUAAGAAAUCGAAGAAUAAAAAUCCUGAAGAGAAUACAAAGAUAAAAUCAUUGAAAAGAUAUAUAAAUGCUGCUGGCCUGCGAAUAAGCAAUUACAAUACUUUUUGGAAAGAUUGUAAAACAAUUAAGGAUCGAGUGGAAUUAAUGAAGGAGUAUUUAGAGAAAAAUGGAGUUUCAGGCAAACCAACACUUGAGAAAUGUGCCAAAGCCAAAGAAAAAAGAUUAUUUCAAGCUGAAAUCUCAUCUUUGGACACAAGUCUCAUCAUUUCUUCAGAGCGCCGCACUCGUAAUCGCAAACGCAAAUCAGUCUCGCCGUUACGACGAUCAGAGUCGCCGCCUGCAGAGUCAAGCGGAAAUUUUAAACGUAUUAAAGCACUCAUUGAUAGUGAUUCCGAGUAAUUUUAGAUUAAGUACUAAGUUUUACAUUAAUUAUUAAUAAUAAUAAUUAAGAUUUUUUUUUAUA